CUUCCCAUCGGGCACUGCGCGGAGCAGCGCGGGUCAGCGUGGGGUCAACGGGUCAGGCGCGCGGCGGCUCCGGCCCGGGCGGGCGCAGGAUGUACACGCUGCUGUCGGGGCUGUACAAGUACGUGUUCCAGAAGGACGAGUACUGCAUCCUGAUCCUGGGCCUGGACAAUGCCGGGAAGACGACCUUCCUGGAGCAGUCAAAAACCCGCUUCAGCAAGAACUAUAAGGGGAUGAGUCUCUCCAAGAUCACCACCACCGUGGGUCUGAACAUCGGCACCGUGGACGUGGGGAAGGCUCGACUCAUGUUCUGGGACUUAGGGGGGCAGGAGGAGCUGCAGUCUCUGUGGGACAAGAAUGUGGACUCGCCAGGUCUGUGGCUGUCUCACUGGUGCCCCAAGCCCAGGGAGUCCAUCUCUCAGAAGGCCCUGCUUUUGUGCAUGUGUCCCACUCGCCCCCACAGCCCCGGGCUCUGGCAGUACUAUGCUGAGUGCCACGGUGUCAUCUAUGUCAUCGAUUCCACAGACGAGGACAGACUGUCGGAGUCCAAGCAAGCUUUCGAGAAGAUGGUCAUGAGCGAGGCUCUGGACGGUGUCCCCAUCCUGGUGCUGGCCAACAAGCAGGAUGUUGAGCAAAGGGGUGCGCGAGGGCAUCGAGUGGAUGGUGAAGUGCGUCGUGCGGAAUGUGCACCGGCCGCCGCGGCAGAGGGACAUCACGUAGGUGCAGCCGGCACCUGGAGCACGUACAGCUGGUGCCUGAGCCAGGAGCACACCUGCCAGCUGGAGCCACCAGUCCCGGGGCUGGGGCUGGCUUUGCCUUUGGAUUUUUUCAUUUGCUUUGUUUUUUCUCUAAGACAGACUUUCGUGUCCUGAAAAGUGUAGGUGCCCGGAGGCUUCUGCCAGGGGAGUGGGGGCAGCAGGGCCCACUCAAGGCCUGGUUUUCAGCCCUGUGGGUGCCCUUUGGAGCUGCUUGCCCCAGCCUGGCCUGGGUGGGGCUUCAGGAAGCCCGGUUGGAGGUGGGUUUUCCAUCCACAGCAUGCCCACGAAGCUCGGCCUCUGCCUCCUCUGAUCAUGGAGGUGGGCUGGGAGUUGGUGUCACCUUGAAGGAGGCCUAACCCACAUCCCCGAAGGCCUGCAGGUCCUGGGCUCUGGUGCAGCCCCAGGACUGGCUAGGUGCGAUCUGCCUAGCCAUGUGGACCCUGCUGCCACCACCACCACCGGCCCACGUCAGGGAGCAGAAAGCUGGGAGUGGGAGGCCCCUAGCGCACCUGCCACCACCUGGGACAGCCACGGCUGCCAGCUCAGGGAUGCGUCAGGGACGUGGGGGUGUUGGGAGGUGGGCUGGGUCCCUAUGUGGUGCCUGUGCUCCCAGCUGAGCGUGAGGGGUGCAUCCCCUUCCAGGCCUAUGCCCAGCAGCGCAGGCCCUCCAGGCAACGCUGGUCCUGGGGCCCCUCUUCACAUGGCCCCUGUGGGAGCAGGUGACCAGCAGCCUGGCCAGGGAGCCUGUGCAGAAAAUAAAGACAGUCUGCGUGGCCCCUGUG